UAUCAAGAUAAAUCGACACUUCAAGAAUUACAAAUAGCGUUGCUCCACUCCGACAACUUGGAGCUUUACUCCGACAACGACCAGCACUUUAUUAUCGCCCCUUACUUUCUACGUACUUGUCCUUUUCUGUGGGAAUACUAAGCUUGAGUCGUACAAAACGAAACUUUUAGCUUUCGUAGCAAGAAGAUCUUUAAGUUCUUUUUCUUUCUACUCAACUACGAUGAUGUCGCUCGCCCGCGGUUUUUUGUUCGCACACUCCCUCCUUUUCUGGUCCCUGCUCCCGCGGACGGCCGUAGCAACGAUCGGCGCUCGCACGUUACAGCGAGUUCCGGAAGCGCUGGGCCUCACGGAUGCAGGUUGGCACUUGUUGCCUGACGCAGGACGGAUUAUCGCCGAAAAGCUGGCCACCGAUACCCAAACCCGCCUGCAACAGUUUGCGGCGAGGGUGAGGAGCGCCGCAGGACAUGCUCACCUUGCCGCAGUGGACGAGGCGGUGGAUAAGGGGAAAUUGCCGACCCAGGCCCUGUCCAUCUGGGAUAAGGAGUACCAAGAAACGAAGAAACAGUACUGCCAAACCAGACAUGUGCGCUCGGGCUCGCGGCAGUAUUUUACCCAGAAAGAUAGCAACACACUCCUCGACCCCAACGUGCACAGCUACAAACAUUGGAUUCCGAACAAAAUGAAGCAAGCCUACUUCCUCGACUGGUGGACGUGCUACGUGGCGCGGAAGCUGCUUUAUCCGCUGACGGCAGCACAACUAAAACCUGACUACGGUCACGACCAAUUCGCGGAAACAGCCCUCAGGAUCGCGAGCAAGUUCCUAGAGACGGCAAACUUCCCGCCAAAUGUUGUUCCCAUCGCCACGGCCACUGCUGGUCCUGGUGGAAGCGUGGUCCCGCCAAUGCAGAAUGGUAUCGCUGCCGCGGCCUCCCACCAGCAACGAAAUUCGUUCACAGCUUUGUUCGCCUGCCACACGACCACAGGCGACGAGGAGGUGAGUAGUGCCUCAGAGGGGGAAUCCCGAAGGUCAUCCUCCGAUGCAGCUGCUGCUGCACCAAGCGGUCAGCGAAGGAGCUGCAGCACAGGUCGGAGUCGGACGAAGCAAAAGAAACAGAAGCGCCGCGCCGCGAGCAAACAAGAAAAGGGCUCGGAAUUAUUCAGAGAGACCUGGCGAGCUUGGACGAAAGAGGGCAAGUUGGCGAGACUCCCGAGUUGUCGUUCUCUGUUUACGGGCAAGUCUCCGGACGAGCGAGUCAAGCUGUAUCGCGCGCUCUCGGCGGACUGGGUGGAGCGCCGCGCGGACACGCUCCUGGAUUAUCAACAGGACAUUUUUGAGGAGUUGUUUGUGGAACCGACCGCGAGGCACGUGGAAAAAUUGAAGCAGGCGUUUGAGCAAAUUCAAACAUUCUCCCGGCUUGAGCGCCUUUCGGUCGAGGACGCCCGCACGCUGCAACGAAUCUUGGCGGAGGAGAGCGCGCUUGCCAGACAGGUAGACGAGGGCGCGAAAAUGUACAUCCGCGCACGAAACGAGGGGACGGCGCAAAUUGUCGCGGAGCAGAACGCCUUUGCCAUGCUUGUCCGUGCCGGCGUGGUGGUCGACAAGACAAGGACUAAAUCAGUGCGAAUCGAGGAGGCGUCCCUAGAAUACGUAGUGUCUCUGCAGCUCUUCCGGGAGGAUACCACCGCCGCGGAGCUGCUGCAGAAUUUGAAGACCGUGUUCGCGUACAGCGUUUACCGAGCCACCAGCUAUCAUGGCCUCGUCCUGGAAAAGUUUUGGAAGGUUGCGCCGCCGUUCCUGUACACUUUAUUGAUGUAUGAUGCCUACAAGAACGGAUACCCGGAGAUGCCUGCGUUUUUAAAUACUUGGUCGACGAAACCACCGCUGCAGAAGGUGGUAAUGGAAUUUCGCCAUGCCGCGUUGUGGGUCCUCGAGGAUGGGAGAAAGGCCGCACACGAUAAAGUGUCGCUCAUCUCCCCCACUUACCGCGCAGAGUGGGACAGAACGGACAGGUACCGGGACGGGAUGCGGCAACGGCAAGCCGAGGUUCGCAAGCUGGUGGAUACCGUCGUCGACACCGCAGACCCGCGUAAGGACCCGCGCCUUGCAACUACGUGGAAAGACAACGAAUUUGCUCGAUCGGCAAUCGACGUCUUGGUGAAGAGGAAGACAAUAAUUAAGCCAAAGCCUGUCGAUAUUAGAUCAGAUAUUGCGAAGGGCGGCAACAGUGCCGUACUCAAGGAAAGCGACGACAUUGUGCGCACCGCCAAGCACCUUCUUCGAACGGUUUACGAAGCCCAGUGGCUGCUAUCGAAUUUGCAAGUCCGGGCUGUGGGACUCUCCCUGGAGGAGGCAUUGCCCGAAGAUAACCGCGAACAUCUCCGGGAGGAACUGUUCAGGAACUGGGCGGAAGCAGCAGCCAAGCUCUCGCAACGCGCUACCUUGCAGGUGCAAAAGGCUGAUAGUCGUGGUGUCCCAUUGCCCCCGGUCCCGGUGCCAGCCGAAGUUGCUCUGCGAGUGCGGCUGCCCGCGUCCAUGGAGGGAGCUUGCCAGGAACUCCUAGAGCAGGAAACACAAACAGGCGCAGCACCAGCACCUGGGGGCCGCGCAAAAGACGAGGAGGACGAAACUCGUCAGAAAUCCGAAUCCGAAUCCGCUGAAGAGAAAGCUUUUGACGAAGGGGCUUUGCGCUACGCCCAACUAGCGAAGUCUGAGUGGCCGAAAUUUUUGGACGAGCUGUGGGAACCCCGGAAAGGAAUGAUGCAGAUCAUGGAAAAUUUUCGGAAAAAGAAAGGCAGUAAGGACGUUUUUCCGAACGGUGUCCAUCCUACUUGGGAACGAGUCAACUCUUUAUCCAUCUUUGCAAAUGCGUCUGGUUCGCAAACAAGCUGCUUUUGAUCCUGAAAAUUCAACUGUGGAUGAGUAUAGGCCUUUUCAUCCGGUUCCGGUCGUGGACCGAGGCAUGACAAAUCUUUUAGAGGUUUGCUCAUGCGUACUACAGCGAACUUGUACAGCUGCUGUGCGUUACAGAUUACAAUCUGCGUUUGUGCAUGGAUGUGUGCAUGGAUGCAACACUCAAAACGAACUGGCACUCUAGAAGUCCUCGGGCAUGAGGCAAUAGAGAUUCUACCGCGAUUCGAGACGCGCAAUAUCAUCAAGGCUGCACUUGUUUUCCAGACCCAGACGUAUUUUUUGCAAUGCAUGCACUUCGCUUGGUGGCAAGAACAGAACCUCGGCUGUGGGGUUCUUGACAAAUUUGGAUGGGCAUGCGCUUGCGGCCGUCAAAAGAGGACAUAACUCCCUCCUCUAA